AUUUUAACGCCCAUCACUUGGCCUGGUCUCGUACAGAAAACCGAAGUCCCUGUUCUCCCCUGAUUUCUCAAUUUCCUCUCAAUCCACCAACAAGCAGCUCGAUCACCUGGAUCUCUCUGGCUCUUCCGAUCUGUAACAAUGCCUCUCAGGCUCGAAAUCAAGAGGAAACUUGCUCAAAGAUCGGAGAGAGUGAAGUCUGUGGAUCUACAUCCUACAGAGCCAUGGAUCCUCGUCAGUUUGUAUUCUGGAACUGUGUGUAUUUGGAACUAUCAGUCACAGACUAUGGCAAAGUCUUUUGAAGUGACUGAGUUACCAGUCAGGUCAGCCAAGUUUAUACCAAGAAAGCAAUGGGUUGUUGCUGGAGCAGACGAUAUGUUUAUUCGGGUGUACAAUUACAACACAAUGGACAAGGUUAAAGUUUUUGAGGCACAUACAGAUUAUAUUAGGUGUGUGGCUGUGCAUCCUACCCUUCCUUAUGUCUUGUCAUCAUCUGAUGAUAUGCUCAUAAAACUAUGGGAUUGGGAGAAAGGCUGGGUGUGCACUCAGAUAUUUGAGGGACAUUCCCAUUAUGUGAUGCAAGUUACCUUUAACCCUAAAGACACCAACACUUUUGCAAGUGCUUCUCUUGAUCGGACCAUAAAGAUUUGGAAUCUUGGAUCUCCAGACCCAAAUUUUACUCUGGAUGCUCAUCAGAAAGGGGUCAAUUGUGUUGAUUACUUCACUGGUGGUGAUAAACCUUAUCUGAUCACUGGUUCUGACGAUCACACUGCUAAGGUGUGGGACUAUCAAACCAAGAGCUGUGUCCAGACACUGGAGGGGCAUACACAUAAUGUAUCUGCUGUAUGUUUUCACCCUGAACUACCUAUAAUCAUCACAGGUUCUGAGGAUGGUACGGUCCGCAUAUGGCAUUCUACAACCUAUAGAUUGUUUCCUUAUGUUGUCUUCUUGAUUUCACCUUUAGCGAGUUGUAUUAUUGACAAUUUGAUAAUCAGGAUUGUCAUUGGCUAUGAUGAGGGAACCAUUAUGGUCAAAAUUGGUCGAGAAGAACCAGUGGCCAGUAUGGACAAUAGUGGAAAGAUUAUAUGGGCCAAACACAAUGAAAUCCAGACUGUAAACAUUAAGAGUGUGGGCGCUGAUUUCGAGGUUACUGAUGGAGAGCGAUUACCUCUGGCAGUCAAGGAGUUGGGAACAUGUGAUCUUUAUCCACAAAGCUUAAAGCACAAUCCCAAUGGUAGAUUUGUUGUUGUUUGUGGAGAUGGUGAGUAUAUUAUAUAUACAGCUUUAGCAUGGAGAAACAGAUCAUUUGGUUCUGCCUUGGAAUUUGUUUGGUCUGCGGAGGGUGAAUGUGCUGUCAGAGAAAGUACAUCAAAGAUUAAGAUCUUCAGUAAAAAUUUCCAGGAAAAGAAGAGUGUGAGGCCAACCUUUUCAGCUGAGCGAAUUUUUGGAGGCACUCUAUUGGCUAUGUGCGCGAAUGAUUUCAUCUGCUUUUACGACUGGGCUGAAUGCAGGCUAAUUAGGAGAAUCGAUGUCACUGUUAAAAAUCUUUAUUGGGCUGACAGUGGUGAUCUAGUGACUAUUGCAAGUGACACGUCGUUUUACAUCCUCAAAUACAGUCGUGAUGUAGUUUCAUCUUAUCUAGAAGGUGGAAGAGGUGUAGAUGAAGAAGGUGUUGAAGAAGCCUUUGAGCUUCUACAUGAAACCAACGAGCGUGUACGGACUGGACUUUGGGUGGGGGAUUGUUUCAUUUACAACAACUCUUCCUGGAGGCUCAAUUACUGUGUUGGGGGAGAGGUAACCACCAUGUACCAUUUGGACCGCCCCAUGUACUUGUUAGGUUAUCUUGCUAGUCAAAGUCGGGUGUAUCUUAUUGAUAAAGAAUUCAACGUUAUUGGAUACACUUUACUUCUCAGCUUGAUUGAGUACAAGACUCUUGUCAUGCGCGGUGACUUAGAAAGGGCCAAUGAAAUCUUACCGUCAAUUCCUAAAGAUCAGUACAAUAAUGUUGCACGCUUUUUGGAGUCACGAGGCAUGGUGGAACAUGCUCUGGAUGUAGCCACUGAUCCUGAUUACAGAUUUGAGCUAGCCAUACAGCUCGGUAGAUUAGAAGUUGCACAGGAAAUCGCAUCAGAGGUGCAGAGUGAGUUGAAGUGGAAGCAGUUGGGAGAAUUGGCUAUGUCUAAUGGCAAGUUGGAAAUGGCUGAAGAGUGCAUGAGGCGGGCAAUGGACUUGAGUGGACUAUUGUUGCUCUAUUCUUCUCUAGGAGAUGCGGAUGGGAUUUCGAAACUUGCGGCUCUAGCAAAAGAACAGGGAAAGAAAAAUGUUGCUUUCUUGUGCUUGUUCAUGUUGGGUAAAUUAGAAGAGUGCCUGCAGCUAUUAGUGGAAAGUAAUCGGAUACCCGAAGCUGCUUUAAUGGCUCGCUCUUAUCUUCCGAGCAAGGUUUCAGAGAUUGUUGCUAUCUGGAGAAAAGACCUCAGCAAAGUCAAUUCAAAAGCUGCAGAAUCCUUGGCGGAUCCGGAGGAAUAUCCAAAUCUGUUUGAGGAUUGGCAAGUUGCAUUGUCUGUGGAAUCGAAAUUCGGCGACAUACGGGGUGUUUACGCUCCGGCAGAAGACUAUAUAAACCAUGUUGAUAAACCUCACGUUACACUUGUGGAGGCUUUUAGAAACAUGCAGAUUGACGAGCCUCUUGAAAAUGGAGAGUACGAGAACGAGGUUGGUGAAGAGCAGAUAGAGGAAGAACACAACACCACCACGGAUGCAGCAACUGGAGAAGGAAGCCAACAUGAAGAGGCAGUUGUGGUGGAUGCUGAUUCCAUGGACGGUGGAGUACUCGUUAAUGGGAAUGAGGCCGAGGAACAGUGGGUACUUACACCACACGAGUAGGUGCCCAUCAACAACAAUCAUUUGUUCUGAUAGUAUCAUUCUCACUAUUAGAAGAUUUGCUUGGAAGAGCCGACUGUCAUUAGAUGCUGGUUGUUACAGUUGAGGCGGCUUGGAUCGUAAUUACGUUGAAUUUUGAUAAUAGACAACAUUUAUAGUAAUCAAACAAGAUUCAUAGCUUAGUUGCCCCCCGUUUUCUCCCUUCGAUUUUUCAUGUAGUUCUGUCCUAGGGUAUUCUUUGCUGAGGCUUCUAUAUGUCAGUUGUGUCAUUGUGAAUGUAGAAAAAGAUGGGAGACAAAUGAUUUUCUUUUCCAUAUAUUUUUUCCCUGUGAUCUCUUUGCUCCUGCCCUGUUGACUGGUUUUAUAGAAAUUCCUGGGUGUAUAUUUCUUUUCUUCUUCCAAUUAAAUGGUUGUUGAGGCAGUUUUGAUAUGCUGAGAACUUUUACUGGUGUCUGCAUGUUUUGAGAACUGGCGUAAUUUGAUCUUUAUGGUUCAACGAAAAUUUUUAUCUAGCCAUUCCUAAUGGAAAAUUCGCUGUUCCAGCAGAAAGUAGGAAUGUAGGGAAGGCCAGAUGAGCCAUAACAUCCCCGCAGUUGCAGACCUGAAACAUGAAAACAAACACAGUCCGCAAGUGCACAACAAUCACAGGACAGCAAUUCUAGCUGGCAAUUGGUUCGGGUAUAACCGUAACUAAACCAACUGUUUAGUAGGUUCUCGGUUAAUCAUUAUGAAUAUUGUGCUUAUUGUACAACAUCUAUAUUAGUCUAUUAAUUGUAAUUGUGAGCCCUUCUAUGAUUUAAACUAUUGGUGUUUUAAAGUAUAAUUUUAAGUUGUACCAUAACGUUAAAGGUACAAAUUGAAGUUGUAUCAUAAGAAAAAUUGACAUUUAUUUUAGGCAAAA